AUGGUGCAAGACUGGAAAGCCAAAGCCGAGGCCAAGAGGCAGUCCAUUCUCGAUUCUAUACCAUCGAAAUGGAAGCUUGAUAAGGUGCCAUCAGCUCAAGAGCAGAGAGACGUCACAGGCAAAUACAUCCAGCAGUUUCUGGAUCCGAAGGAGGUUGAGAUCACCGAGACUGAUGCGGUCGGUAUCGCAAAGCAAGUCGCUUCUGGAACAUGGACAGCGGUCGCCGUCACUGAGGCAUUCUGCCACCGAGCCUCUCUUGCUCACCAGCUAGUGAGCUGUCUCCAUGAGACGUUCUUCGACGCAGCACUAUCGGAUGCCAAGGCUCUGGAUGCUUAUUUUGCGGAACACAAGAAAGUGAAAGGCCCCCUGCAUGGCGUGCCCGUAUCGCUCAAGGACCAAUUCCACGUCAAGGACGUCGAAACGUCUAUGGGCUACGUGGGCUGGAUAGGGACUUUCGAAGGCAAGCCUGACGACCCACGAAAGGGCGUGUACGAAAGUGAGAUGGUACGAGAACUUCGUAACCUUGGCGCUGUGCUUUACUGCAAGACUUCAGUUCCGCACACCUUGAUGGCUGGAGAGACGGUCAACAACAUCAUCAAAUACACCUACAACCCGAAGAAUCGCAAUCUGUCCUGUGGUGGAAGCUCAGGCGGUGAGGGUGCUCUGAUCGGUCUGAGAGGUUCGCCUUUGGGCUUCGGUACUGACAUCGGUGGCUCCAUCCGCAUUCCGUCUGCAUUCAACGGCCUCUACGGUAUCAGACCUUCUGCUGGCCGUCUCCCAUACGAAGGCAUGGCCAACUCUAUGGACGGUCAGAACACUGUUCUUUCUGUUGUAGGACCACUAGCGACCACGGCUGGGUCCGUCAAACUGGCUGUGCAGUCUCUGCUUUCUCAAAACCCGCAUCUUUAUGACCCGAUGGUGGUAGAAAUGCCCUGGCGACAGGCCGAAGAAGACUUCAUCCACAAGCAAAGCAAAUCCUCCGGCUUAUGCUUCGGCGUCAUGAAGUCCGACGGCGUCGCACUCGCCCAGCCACCAGUCACACGAGCUAUCGACAUGGUGGUCUCGGCCCUGGAGAAAGAAGGACACAAGGUCAUCGAGUGGAAGCCUACGCCUACUCACGAAGAGCUUUCCAACUGGAUCUUCAAGUCCUUCGGCUUCGACGGUGGCAAGGACCUCCAGGGCGCUUUCGGACUCUCCGGCGAGGACGUCGCCAAACAGGUCUUGCUUCCUCCAGAUGCGAAGGAAUUCACUGGCACCGACAUCGCCGCCGUCAAUGUCGAACAGCGCGCUGCAAAGAAGAAGUAUAUGGACUACUGGAACUCGACUGCUGAACUCACGGGGACAGGCCGGCCGGUGGAUGCCGUCAUCUCGCCUGUUGCGCCUUAUGCGGCGGCAAGGCCUGAGGGGUACAAGUACUAUAACUUCACUGUUUGGGUGAACGGUUUAGACUACACGAGCGCAGUGGUUCCGGUAACGACGGCAGACAAGAAUAAAGACAAGUAUCCAGAAGGGUACACGCCGAUUAGCGAGGCGGACAAGGUUGUAGUUGAGGACUACGAUGCGGAAAUCUAUGAUGGGGCUCAUGUGAGCGUACAACUUGUGGGUAGGAGAUUCCAUGAGGAGAGGAUGUUGGCUGCUGCUGAGUAUGUUGGCAGCUUGCUCGGGCGCUGA